AUAAAAACCAAAAAUAAUAAGCAUUCACCGAACCAAAUUAAAAAACGGUUGUCCAUCAUCCUGAGAAAAAAAAAAACAUAACUGUUGUCCAUCAUCUUGGAAACUAAAACGCAAAAUCAGGUUGUUCUUGGGCUCGUUGACUGGGUUUCCUUGUGCUCUUCUCUUUCCUUUUUCCUCUUUUCAUGGGUUUUCUUGUACUCUUCCACUGCAGCUUCAACUUGAGGUGCAACUCUUCUUGCUUCCGUGAGCACCAUAUGCCUUAUGUAGUUCAUGGGCUCUCGAACAAGGUACAAAGCGAUCUGCAUCCUCCUCACUUGAGUGCAUGGCUAUCAACAUCAACAAACAUGGUGCUUACCGCAUGAUUCAAAAAUAACAAUCAAUUGUGGUUUUCUAAUAUGCGAAUUAGAAUUGUCUUUACCCAAAUAUAAGAGGAGUCCCAGCUUGCGCCAAACAUCCACAUGCAUACCCAGACUCCACUGUCAGACCUACAUAAAAUAAAAGCAUUGCGUGAUAAGAACCAAGUUGAUAAGUCGUCGUUUAAUAUCACAAAAAAAUGGGCAUACUUACCGAUUAAGUUGUUCUUGAUCCUUUGAAGGAGUUGGGUACGCAAACUCCGCAAUCCUUGGUGGCGACAAUCCUUGUUCACGAUAGAGAAUCUUCCACAAGGCUUGCAUAAAGCUCAUCUGUAUAAAUUAAGAAACGUUUGUACUUAGAAAGAGUUAUUUACAUUUUUUUGCGUUAUAACGGCACAAUGUCACAAAUUUACCAUUGUUUGAACAGAUUGUAGUCGAAAGGAAUUGCGGUCUUCAUUUGGUUGUGGAUCCAAGAUAUGGACUUCUUCCUUGUCCAACUUAAUGACAGCCAAGUAUCAAUGGGCAUUAUCUCUCAUCAGAACACACACCUACAUAUGCGGAAAUUGUCAACACGUAUUAAAAAAAUAAACUGCAAACCAUGUAAUACUUAUUAAGACGAACAGUUUACCUUGUUCACCAUACUGGUUCGACUAAGGAAUUUUGAUUGGUAUAGGUCUAAUGCCAUCUUGGGUGUUAUUCCACAUGAAAUCACUAGUUCCUGCCCAUGUGGUAGUUGCACAAUUGAAAUUUUGUCAACACAAUAUGAUUCACGUUAAAAACACAUGUGUUGUAAUUUUUUUGGUGCGAGGAAAUUGUCAUUAAGUAUAAUCGGACCACAACCUGUAGUUCAGCAGGCAGAUAGCACACUCCUUUUCCGUCCUUGGAAUUUGUCCACAACUCUUCUAGAGUCAAGUGGCAGGCCAUCGCUGUUAUAACCUAAUAUAACAUGGACAAAAAACACUUCAUGAUACUAUCGAGUUGUUAUAAAAUAAUUCUACGUAGAAAGCAUUGAUAGUGGACAAACAAAACAAAAAUUUGGAGUUCCGUUGAUUACUUCAGCAUCUACGAAUGAGCGAGGGCUUAAGGACCACAAUGACUUCCUCGUACAAGAGUUGUUAGAGAUUUUGACCAAUACUUCGUCAGGUGGCAGAUGGGCUAAAAAUAUAUAGUGAGCAAGCUGGAUUUGCUCAUCAUCGUAUUCCAUAGCGGUAGGUAGCUUAAACUUCAAAACAACCUGGAAUAGGGGCCACAAAUAAACACGAGUGGAAAUGCAUUCGUUAUGACGGAAUAACGGCAAAGAACACUUCAAUGGCAAACAUGAUACCUUUAUUACCUUGUCAACAGAAGGUAGACAAAUACUUUUUCCAUUUGGCUUCUUUGGUGUGACCUCGGAGUCAGAUUCAUUGUCCGAAAUAAAAACGAUGACUGAAGCAGGAGUGGGUGGAGUGCUUACACAUUUGGGUAUCCUUGGUUUCUUUGUUGGAGUCACAAAUUCGGCUGUCUCCUACAAUGACAGUGAACCUGCGAUUAAUAAAUUAACUAGAAUGAAUUUCAAUGGUAAAAAGAGUUAUUAUACAUACCACAAGCUUGGACGAAGAGCGAGUAAUUCUCUUAUUUUCCAUGUUGUGCCUCUAAUCUAAGCUUUACUCUGUACUCAAAAUCGCGGCAAAGAAGGAUAUGGAACCACUGCUCUACCGAUGAAGGUUAAUUAUAUAUACAAGGUUAGGAUAAAUUGUGGCGCCAUAUUUUUCCCGCGGAAAAAUAGUUAGGGUUUAGUCUAAGGUACAUUAACUUGGGAUAAACAUGGGUAGUCAUUAAACCUAAAAUUAAAAAUAUACCUUUUUCGAUCGAAUAAAGAAUUGAGUGCUUUUAGUAAAUAUUCGCUCAUAUUAAUAUUUGAUCCUUCCCCAUACACGUAGUAGUACACAGCUAGAGUCAGAUGGCGUUUGGCUUUACUAAGAAAGUUUUUUCAUUUUAAAUAUUUUCGUUAUUUGUGAAAAUGGUAAAGAAAUCACUAAGAUAAAGAACAGAAAGUUCAACUCGUUCCUACCAAAAAUAUAAGAUAUCACAAAUCGUGUUAUUAAUGGGGAUAAUUAUUAAGUGGCCCAUUGAAGCAUUAAUUCGGCUGUCAUUCCCAGUAGGGUCUUGUAAUCUACGUCCUUGGUUCCCCAAAAUUUCCAGCAGUGACAAUGACGUCGGCGGCAGACUCACCAGUGACAAUGACGUCGGAGGAAGUCCUAGCAUUGACGUCGGAGGAAGUCCAAGAAAACGCUGGUGCCGGAGCCAGUGACACCACCCAGGAUGAUAAUGUCGCCGAUCUCAUAUUUCUACAGCCUGAAGAUAUUAAAAAAAUGAAGUUCGAUGAUACAGAAGAAGCCUAUGAUUUCUACAUGGACGACGGGUUAGUCAAAGGCUUCGACAUCAGAAAAUCAGACAUUGGUCGUGAUAAGAACAAAGUUAUGAUAUGGCGUGACUAUGUAUGCUCUGGCGAGGGAAAGAGGCGCGUGAAGAGCACAGAACGAAAGAGAGAAGCAAGAGGGGAGACCAUAUUUAACUGCAGAGCCAAGAUGCGUGUUAAACAAGACAAUGUCGAUGGGAAGUGGUAUGUGCACCAGUUUGAUGAUGUACACACACAUGAAACGAUCCCCAGAGAAUAUAGACACUACAUGAAAGGGAAACGUCGUAUGAGUGAUGCAGUCAAAGCAGCGAUAAAUUUUAGAAGAGCUGCAGGUAUGAAAACUUCUCAAAUUGUGAAUCUGGCCGUAUCAGAAGCAGGAGGCUACGACAAUUUGGGGUACACGAGGAAAGAUGCAUAUAAUUAUGUGGACAAAGAGAGGAAAGAACAAAUCAGUGAAGGUGAUGCCGCAACAGCCCUAGCCUACCUGCAAGCUAAAUGCAGCGCGGACGAGCAUUUCGUUAUUGAACUAAAGAAGGAUGACGACGACCGGCUUAUUAACAUUUUCUGGGCUGAUAGUAUUUAUGUUGCUGAUUAUGCAUGCUUUGGAUAAUUACUGUCAUUCGAUGCUACUUACAAAAGGAAUAUUUACCAGAUGCCUCUCGUGAUUUUUUCAGGUACUUUUCCUUCACACAUAGAAUUAUCCCGAGCAUGCUAAAAUAACCCUAGAAGUUUGCAUAAUCUAACUUUGUUUGAACUUUUUUAGGUGUCAACCACCAUUCGCAAACUUGCGUAUUUGCAUGUGCUUUCUUGGCUAACGAGAGAGAGGACAAUUAUAUUUGGGUGUUGGGAGCUUUGAAGAGAAGGCUAGGCGGUGUAGAUCCCAAGACUGUUAUUACAGAUGGGGAUAGAGCAAUGCGUAAUGCUAUUCAGAAAGUAUUUCCCGAUGCAACACAUCGUCUAUGUUCCUAGCAUAUAGACAAGACUAUAACCAGAAAUGUGAAGAAUCAUCCUACUUUUUUGCCCCGAUGGAAGCAUUUUGUGUCAGCUGACUGGGAACCUUCAGAAUUCGAAGAAAAGUGGAAAACAGUGGUUGAGGAAUGCUCCCUUCAGCACAACAAUUGGGUCUCCAAUUUAUUUGACCAAAGACAUGAAUGGGGGUAUGCAUAUUUGCGUUCGAAGUUCUUCGCAGGCUUGAGUACAACAUCAAGAUGUGAAGGACUGAACUCUCAACUUGCCAAUUAUAUCGAGAAGGAUAAAAAUCUCCUUGAGUUCUUUAUUCACUUUGAUCGUUGGACUAGGGAUAUGAGGGAGAAUGAGCGUCAUGCUGAUUUUGAAUCCAUUCAUCGAGAACGAACCAUCACAAGCAAUGUCUUAGUCUCACUUCAGAAGAGUGGAGCGGCGGUUUUCACAAAGACCGCAUUCUUCUUAUUCACAGACGAGGUUGAAAAGUCGGCAUAUUGCAUAAGGUUGGAGACAGAGCGAUCGGAAAUUGAGCGUGUGUACAAGGUUAAGGUGUCUGGCAUGGAUAAGGUUUUUCAAGUCACGUACGCAGUUGAACCCUUUGCAAUGGAGUGUAGUUGUAAUCACUACAAUUAUAUGGGAAUACCAUGCCGUCAUAUGAUUUUUGUACUGAAAGAAGAGAGCAUACUGGAACUUCCUGAAGGCCUAGUACGUCGAAGAUGGUCAAAGAAGCCGAAGACACUAGAGAGCUUGGAGGAAGCAGACAUAAUAGAUGAAUCUCAACUUU